UGGGCCUGUUGGCAGCAACCAUUGCUCACUACUAGUAGGAACCCUGUAUGCUGGACCACAUCAACAAUGCCAGCGACAAAAACCUCCAAAACGAAGCGCGACAAAGGCGGGAAAGGUAAGAAAAGCUCGAAGCAUGAGCCAAAAUCCGAGAAAGAGCCGGACCUGGAGACGGCCAGGGCCAACGCUGCUCUGUGGGAGCUGAAGCUGAAGACCACCGAGCAGGAUCUGUCGGACUACCGGGGCGCCCACCAUGACAUGGCCCGCAUGAACGAGCAGCUCACCAAUCAGCUGAGCCGCUCCGAGCGCGACACUGUUGACAUGACCGGAUACUGGCAGAGAGAAGUAGAGGACAGAGAGGAGAAGAUUAGGAUGCUGGAAGAUAAACUUAAAAGACAGGAGGCCCUUGCACUUCAAGAGAGAUACAAACAGGAUGAAGAUUAUAAAACCCUCCAGGAAGAAAUGAGAAUAAUGGGGGGGAAUAAAGCUCAGCUGGAGGAGGAACUCAGUGAUAUGAGAAAAAACAUGGAUUUCAUACAGAAACAACACGAGGAAACUCUAAGGAAAACUGAAGACAGCUUCCAGAGGGAUCAGGCAAACCUAAAGAGGGAGAUGAUGCUCGUGUGCAAUCAAGAGAUAGCCCAGAUGAAGCUGGACCACCAUGAAGCUAUUGUUCAGAUGGAAAGUGCUUUAAACUCUGCUUUCAAGGAGCAAGAUCGCUUGAAUAAAACACUGAAAACUAGCAUCCAAGAAGUAGAGGACCUGAAGAAACUGACACAUUCCCUGGCAAAGGAAAAGCUCUCACUAACGCUGGAGAAGGACAUGCUCGAGUCGACGAUUAAGAAGAACUCUACAAAGAUGGAAACGAAGGAAAAGAAGCUCUCUGAAGCCACGGCCAAAGCUGCUUCCCUGGAGCGGGCCCUCGAGGAAAUCUCGAGAAGACUUGAGCAGCAGGAAGAGAAGGAGAAGAGGAACCUGGUCACCAUCCAGGCCAGCCAGGUAGAGCUGGACAAACUGCAGAAGCUCCUCGCCAUGAAAGACAAGGAGAUGCAGCGUAUCAAGCAGCUGGCGAGGACCAUCGUAGAUAAACGCAAAGAAGCGGAGGAGUUCUUCCACGAAGCGCUGGACCACGUCAGGCAGGAGAUCGUUGCCAGCAGACUUCAGUACAAAAAGGAAGCGCUUCAGGAUUAUCAGCAAAAAUUUAGAGAGGCCACAGCUGGGAUAAUGAGGUUCCCACCCAUCUGUACCUUGAAUAAAAGUCCCAACAGUACGAGUUACCUCUAUGCAGACGUGGAUGCAGCUGCACAACGGUCUCAGUCUCCGAGCACCGAGGUCCACAUGUCUCAACUCACUUGGGAGCAAAAGGAAAAAGUGCUCUGCCUCCUCUUUGCUAAACUGAACGGACAGACGGAAAGGAAAGUCUGCAAGCGUCUGGAUCUGUGUGCUUGCAGCGAGGAGCAGAAAGGGACUCUUUGACGCAGAUGAGCUCCAUCACACAGAAAAAUGCACUGAGGAGAAAAAAGUUAUACCUCAUCCUUGCAAUUUAGAAAGCCUGCACAGAUUUAUCGGUCCCACAUCGCACGUCUAGCAGGAGGAAGGAGGAAGAAA